AGUAGUAGUAGAGAUUUAUAUAACAGAGAAAGAGAGAGAAAGAUAAGUAGGAAGCCUCAGUAGCCAACCUCGGAUCCAAAACCAAAGCCAAAAACACACACACACACACUUUAGUCCAUAGUACUGAAAUGAAGGUUGAAAAGCUCUUCUGAUCAUUUCUUUAUCGAAUAUAGACCGUUAGAUCUCUCUUCUUCUUCGCCAAUGGGAGCCCGUUGCUCCAAGUUCUCUCUCUGUUGGUUCCACUCCCACCUUAAACCCUCCGUCCUCGAAUCCUCCGAUCUCGAAAAUGGGGGCAAAAGUGAGAAAAAAUCAUGGCCGAGUUUCAGCGAGUUCAGCUACGAGCAACUGAAAGCUGCCACGUGUGGAUUCUCGCCCGAUAACAUAGUCUCGGAGCACGGUCUCAAAGCUCCUAACGUUGUUUACAAAGGAAAGCUUGAUAACGGCAUUUGGAUCGCCGUUAAGCGCUUCAACAAGUUGGCCUGGCCCGAUUCUCGUCAAUUCCUCGAGGAAGCGAGAACAGUGGGGAGUUUGAGAAGUGACAAACUAGCGAAUCUGAUUGGAUGUUGUUAUGAAGCUGAGGAGAGGUUGCUCGUAGCCGAGUUUUUGCCCAAUGAGACUCUGGCCAAACAUCUCUUUCACUGGGAGGCCCAGCCCAUGAGAUGGGCAAUGAGGCUGAGGGUGGCGCUGUAUUUGGCAGAAGCUCUGGAGUAUUGCAGCAGUAAAGGACGGGGAUUGUAUCAUGAUCUCAAUGCUUACAGGGUCUUAUUUGAUCAGGAUGGCAAUCCCAGGCUCUCUUGCUUUGGCCUAAUGAAGAAUAGCAGAGACGGCAAGAGUUACAGUACCAACUUGGCUUUCACCCCUCCAGAGUACUUGAGGACUGGUAGAGUGACUGCAGAAAGUGUAGUUUAUAGCUUUGGGACCAUGCUGCUAGAUCUUCUGAGUGGCAAACAUAUUCCACCGAGUCAUGCGCUCGACCUAAUCCGUGGCAAGAAUUUUCUAAUGCUGAUGGAUUCUGCUUUGGAGGGUCAUUUCUCUAAUGAUGAUGGGACUGAGUUGGUGCGGUUAGCUUCCCGUUGUUUGCAGUUUGAAGCUCGUGAGAGGCCAAAUGCGAAGUCCCUUGUCACUGCUCUCAUGUCACUUCAGAAAGAAACAGAGCAGGUUCCAUCGUAUGUUUUAAUGGGUAUCCCACAUGAAACUGCAUCCUCCACGACAUUGACACCUUUGGGUGAAGCUUGCUUGAAAAUGGAUCUUACUGCCAUACAUGAAAUAUUGGAGAAGAAAGGAUACAAAGAUGAUGAGGGGAUAGCUAAUGAGCUUUCUUUUCAACUGUGGACCAGUCAAAUGCAGGAGACCUUGAAUUGUAAGACACAUGGAGAUACUGCUUUUCGAGCCAAGGACUUUGCAACUGCCAUUGCUCGCUAUACAAAAUUCUUAGAUGGCGGGACCAUGGAAUCACCCACUGUGUAUGCUAGGCGCUGUUUAUCAUACUUGAUGAGUGAGAUGCCGCAAGAAGCUCUGGGGGAUGCUAUGCAAGCUCAGGUGGUGUCUCCUGAGUGGCCCACUGCUUUGUACCUUCAAGCAGCUUGCCUCUUCAAGCUUGGGAUGGAUAACGAUGCACAAGAAACACUCAAAGAUGGCACAAACUUGGAAGCCAAAAGGAACAAAAAAUAAAUAGUGUAUAGAAUUUUUUUAAAGAAAAAAAUAUUUUAGGGGGGGGGGGGGGGUUCUUUUCUUUCUUUUUUCUAUGUAGUUAUGCUUAGUCUUUUGUAUGAUUGUAUCUAUCCUUCAUUUGCUGUCUUUUGCCAUUUUCAGCUUAAAGCUGCAAUAUAGGAUUCUUGGAAAAUUUACAGUUGGUUUA